AUGCGUCAGCUGAUGGUGCGUGCGAAGCAGCGAAAGGAAGCAAUGCGUCAGCUAGUGGUGGAUGCAGAGCAGCGGAAAGAGGCAGUGCGUCAGCUGGUGGUGCAUGCGGAGCAGCGAAAAGAGGCAGUGCGUCAGCUAGUGGUGCAUGCGGAGCAGCGAAAAGAGGCAGUGCGUCAACUGGUGGUGCAUGCGGAGCAGCGAAAAGAGGCAGUGCGUCAGCUGGUGGUGUAUGCGGAGCAGCGAAAAGAGGCAGUGCGUCAACUGGUGGUGCAUGCGGAGCAGCGAAAAGAGGCAGUGCGUCAGCUGGUGGUGCAUGCGGAGCAGCGAAAAGAGGCAGUGCGUCAGCUAGUGGUGCAUGCGAAGCAGCGAAAAGAGGCAGUGCGUCAACUGGUGGUGCAUGCGGAGCAGUGGAAAGAGGCAGUGCGUCAGCUGGUGGUGCAUGCGGAGCAGCGAAAAGAGGCAGUGCGUCAGCUGGUGGUGCAUGCGGAGCAGCGGAAAGAGGCAAUGCGUGCGGAGCAACGGGAGGAGGCAGUGUGUCAGUUGGUGGUGCAUGCGGAGCAACGGGAGGAGGCAGUGCGUCAGCUGGUGGUGCAUGCGGAGCAACGGGAGGAGGCAGUGUGUCAGCUGGUGGUGCAUGCGGAGCAACGGGAGGAGGCAGUGCGUCAGCUGGUGGUGCAUGCGGAGCAGCGGGAGGAGGCAGUGCGCGCCUACAAAACCUCACCCACCUUCGAAGCAGAUGUUCUCGCCCUCCCUGUCACAGUCUAA